AAGCAUCUCAGCUCCAACUGCACUGUCAAUAAUGAUGCAGGGUUCGGAAGUCAAUUUGGCACGUAUGAAAGUGGCAAGCGAGGCGCGGCUGGCGGAAGAAGCAAGGGUGCAGCAGCGCCAGAAGAACGCCAUGGUCCUUAUUUUGUCUCAUUUGGAAUCGCACGGAUACUUGGAAUCUCUUGAAAAACUGCAGGCGGAAUCCAACGUAUCUUUACGCAAAAUUCGAGCUGCAGAUAAUAUGGAUUUGAUGACGAUACUACAGGAGUUUGAGAGUUACUAUUCUAUAAAGUUUGGAAAAGCUCCCAAAUUGACGCGAAAAACCGGUACCGGGGAUGAGAAUACGUCCAGCACUCCAUCCAACCGACGCUCACGAGGAAGUGUGCCGACAGAACCUCCAUCAGUAAAACAAGCCGAUGGCCGAAUCGACAACCAUGCAAACCCAGCCACAUUAAAGAUGGCAGGAAUUCCAAGACCUCCAAGAAGAUCUACCACAAAGCCUGUAGAUCCUGACCCACAAAACCCAGGCAAGAAGCCCAAGGGAAGACCCACUUCCUCGUGUGGGAAGGAGAGCGGAACUGGCUUGGGGGACGAGGGUAUUGUUGGGAUGAAUAUGUGCCUGAAGCAGAAUUCAGCACCAAACCUUGGCCCAUCUUCAUCGCCGGAGCGAGAUUCCGCCGAAACACUCUAUGACGCACGGUUGCUCAAACCUUUGCCAGAUUAUGGAAAUAUUGAGUUCCGGGAGCUUGCUGCCAUUAUCAGUCGUGACAUCUUUGUGACGAAUCCCAAUGUACGCUGGUCAGACAUUGCCGGAUUAGCCAGGUCAAAACGGCUCGUCAAGGAAGCAGUUGUUUAUCCCCUCAAAUUUCCAGACUUCUUUAAAGGCAUCCUCAUGCCAUGGAAAGGCUUACUACUCUAUGGACCGCCCGGAACUGGCAAAACCAUGAUCGCAAAAGCCGUGGCAACCGAAUGCAACACAACGUUUUUCAAUAUUUCUGCGUCGAGUAUUGUGAGCAAAUGGCGAGGUGACUCGGAAAAACUGGUACGAGUGCUGUUUGAGCUGGCACGCUACCACGCACCGAGUACCAUUUUUCUGGAUGAACUCGAGUCCAUUAUGUCACAUCGAACGUCCGAUGGUGCAGAACAUGAAGCAAGUAGACGGAUGAAGACUGAGCUUCUGAUUCAGAUGGACGGCCUAUCGAAAACUUCGGACCAUGUAUUCCUGCUCGCAGCCUCAAAUCUUCCAUGGGAUCUUGAUAUGGCAAUGCUCAGACGGCUAGAGAAACGUAUCCUGAUUGAUCUACCAGACACACCAGCACGCACAGCCAUUUUUGAGGCACAUCUGCCUCAGAACUCGGACCCUGAUACCUUGCCGGUCGGCGAGUUGGAUUACGAAAAGCUGGCUCUAAUGACGGAAGGCUAUUCUGGAUCCGAUAUUAAACUCGUGUGCAAGGAAGCUGCUAUGCGGCCAAUCCGCAAGUUCUUUGAUAUGUUUGACGCUCAUACCGAGAAUUUGGACAAUUUCACUUUAAACGCAUCAAUACAACGUGAACCAGUACGACAAGCUGACGUUGAAGCUGCUGUGACGUCUACUCGGCCAUCUGCAAAUCAAGCGCUUGGGGAGCGCUAUAGACAGUGGGGGGACGAAUUUGGGUCAGCAUAGGAGUAAUGAUUACGUGCAUAUAAUGAGACCCCUCAGCUACGUUAAGCACCUCUACAUCAUGAUUUUCACUCGACUUCUGACCUC